UGAAGGAAAAUUAAAUCAAAUGUUUGAACCACUUGAGGAAGCAGUGAGGAAGCGGGUGUGUGGAUUUUCGUUGGGGUUUGUGAUCCUCUCUGCAGGAGGAAGGAUGGGAGAUGUAGCUGAGAUCCAGAUAACACCAGAAACCCCUGGGAGACCAGCCAUCUUUAACCCGUUUGAGAGCCCCACUGACUACCACCGUCUGCACGAGUCUCUGGUGCCCAGUCCCUCCGUGUUCAAGUGCUCCUCAGCUACACCAGCUAAGUUCAAAUGGUCCAUCGACGAAAUGUCAAGCCUCCACCCGGUGCACAUCGACCCCGAGGAUAUUCACCAGCAGGCUUUAUUUAUGAGCCAGACCAGGACGGAUGCUGAAAUUGAGCAAAAGCGACAGAACGCGAUUGAACAAUUUUUUACUAAAGGUGCUAUAGUUCCAUCGCCUUGGGGACCACUGGCAAGUAAACAGGCAACGCUGCUGAGCCACGAAAAAAUUGCAGGUGUGAUGUCGCCGCUCGUAACAGAGGAACAUCCUUCAGCAAAGAAACAACACGCGACGUGUCAGACAAUUCUGUCUUUACCUGUGGACUUUGAUAUUGAAAAAGUUUUAGGUGAUUACUACAGGAUAGACGAGGUCUCGGAGCAGGUUCAGGAGAGCCUCAGCUCUUCUUCUCUGAGGCGGAAGCUUUUCCUGGACGGCCACGGCAGCGGCUCGGACUCGUCCAGCCCUCCCAGCCCGGAGAGAGAGGUCCACGGUGGGAGCAGAGAGAUGAUGUCGGCGGUCAUCGUAUCACCUGUGAAGUGUGGGAUCACAGCCACAACCCCUUCGUCUGGUCAGUUCUCAUCCAGUCCUAUCCAGGAACGAGGUCGUGCAUAUAGUCUGGGCAGCAUAACCAGUCCCAUGUUUCCAGAACUGUCAUCUCCUCGGUUUAAGUCCCCCACCGUGUCCCCUAUCAUCAUGCAGCACUCAUUCACCCCUCAGUCAGGUGAGAGGAAGCAGUUGUCCUUCCUGUCUCCAGAUGAUCUUCCUUCCUGUCGCCAGGACAUGGCUGUAAACCGGUGUGGCGAGAGCCCGUACGUGGAGGGCUGUUCUCCCAUCCGCAGCUCUUCCCCUCUCCACCCUCAUCACAGCAGCAGAUCCUCCUCCAUCCUCCACCCGCACCUCCAGGACAAGGAGGACGUCUUCUUCAGCGAAACUUUACCCACUAUGGAGUUGGACUCCUGCUCUCCCAGGGUCCGGGCUGCACAUGGCGAGAGCCAGGUAUCCCAGUCUGACUUGGACAGGAUGGAGCAGAGUAAGCCGGCUGAGGAGGAGCUGAAAUGGUCUCCUCACCCAUUCCCUGAAGAAGAAGAAGAAAAAGAAGGAGGAGAGGAGGAGGAAGAGGUGGUGGUAGCAGCAGUGAGGGCGAGUGGAGAAGAAUUCUGUCGACUCAGCAGCUCGAGGACAGAGAGCACGUCCAAUGCAGAGAGCACCCGCAUGUUCGUGUCCCUGCUGGCUGAGGGCAGCAUUGUCCCGUAUGAUGUUAGCAUACAGGUGGACAGUGGUUAUAACACGUACUCCACAUGUACCACCAGCCUAAUGGACGGCGUUGGUACAGAGAGCCAGAGCAAGGAGCUGCAGGACACUCGCACAGCCGAGGAGGGACUCGCUCACUCGAAACACACUAAGCUGAAAGUAACACACGUCCACAGAACAGAGCUGUUAUUACCAUCUCUCUGAGCACGAGGGACGGAUCGGGGACUCCAGGUCUCAUCUCUCCUCUCCUCCCAAAGCUCAGACGAACUGUUUACACUUUGCUUUUAUACCCAAUGCCAUGCUGUUAUACAGUGAAUUCCUGCACAGGUGCCUUAUCUUUUUAUCAUCACGAAACAAAACAACAUUGAACAAUCUUACCUCAUGGAGUUCUGAGAGAACUUGACUUAAAUUGUGAUGGAUGGAUAUCUGCUCGAACGCUCUUAUUUAAGUGUCUGAAUUACUGAAUAUAAAUUUGUGAACUGGCAUUAAUGUUUUUUUUUUUUAUUUUAUGCGGGGUUUUUUUCCUUUUUGCAAUACUUUGUACAUCAACGUACUCUUGGAUGUUUAUGAAUUCAUAAUCAAAACCACUAAAGUGCAUAUGAAUAAUAAUCAGGUGUAUUUAGUGUUGCUCCGUGCAGCAUUAAACCUGUAUGUUUCUACUAAAUUGCAAUAAAGGAUUUUUGAUAUGAA